AUGAAGAAACGUCAAGUUGUGGUUAAGAAGAGUAGUUCUAACAGAACUUCAAGUGCAUCUAUGAUUCAGAGAAUCCGCUAUGGAGAGUGCCAGAAGAAUCACGCGGCAAACAUCGGAGGGUAUGCUGUCGAUGGCUGCAGGGAGUUCAUGGCAAGUGGAGAAGAAAGCACAACAGCUGCCCUUGUGUGCGCCGCCUGUGGCUGCCACCGGAGCUUCCACCGGAGAGAAGUCGAUGAAGUUGUGUAUGAAGAUGGACUUGGAAGUCACAUGGAUACAGCAAACAAGCCUCCAGCUUUACAGCUUCAAUCUUCAGCACUUUCACGGAUGGAUCUUGUCCCCUAA